UCAGUGAUCAACGCGAGCGGUACGAUGUUCCGGAGGAUCUUAACGAGUGCCGCCGCCGGCGUGCUGCGGUCGAAGGUGAAGGAGACGACGGGCUUCGUCGGGUUGGAUGCCGUGCCGACCAGGCGGGAGGUCCUGGCAUCGCUCUACACGAAGACUCUGAAGAAGAUCCAGGCCGUGGAGACCUUUACGAAGCUCCGGCUUGAGGUGUGCCAGGAGGAGGAGGACUGGGAGAUGAUUGUGGAGCAGUAUGGGUGUGACCAGAUCGAUAAUCUUAUCGAGAGGGCUCAGAAUGAGCUUAAAUUCAUCUCCAAGAUGAUGGAAUGGGGUUCAUGGGUUGUGCCGGAUUACAACGAAUACAAAGUCAUUGAAGACGACACUCUCAAACCAAAGCACGUCCCUGACUCUGGACCUGGAAAGUGUUUUAAGGAUCUAAAAGAAUCUCUUGAACUAUCCGAAGCUCAGAAACCAAAGCUCUUCACUCGAAGAUUUGAAAAUUUUGCGGAUGUCAGAGAAUCUUUUGAAGAUGAUGAGUUAUCCGAAGCUCAAAGACCAAAGCAUUUCUUUGAUGCCGAAUUAUAUGAUACUUUUGAUAAGGAGAUGUUUGAAUAUCUUAGAAAAGACGACUAGUAGCUCGAAAAGCCUCAUCCAAACAAUAGCUCUCUGUAUACGACCAAGCAAAGCCUAACUUUGAGACACUUACCACCAAGCCAUCGGCAAAAGACACGCCACCGUUCACCCAAUAAACAAUCAUGGUUUAGUCGAUUUGUUUUCAAACUUUUAAGGAUUGUUUAUUUCGCAGUGAUGAUAUAUUAUCCAUGGUAA